GAGCUUGUGGACGCGGAGAUCGCCGAGCGCUUGGCGGCCAAAGCCCUCGCUCGCGAAGCAGGAGUUGGGCUAGCAGAGCGCGGUGCCGCGGCUGAUGGGUCAAUGAAGACCUCGGAUCUCACGUGGGAUGAGGAGUCUUUCAGGAACAUCCGAAG